AGAAAAAAAGAGAAAAAAGAAAAAAAACUUGUUUCAAGAUGGCGACGGAGGGCUGCUUGUUCAUUGGAAAACAAUAGAGACAGCACAACAGAGUUUGGCUAGUUUGUUGCUACAUUUUGUUUUUCGUUCUUAAUAUUUCUGGGGUUCCAAGUCGGUGGGUCUGAGUUUCCGGGCGUAGUCCUGACUGGGAUACAUUUGACCAAAGCGACAAUAUCAUAUUUUGUUACAUCCGUAACUUGCAAGGUAUUCAGCUAGUAAUGUAGGUAGACCUAUCGAAUAGUGCACUAGAACCAGUGAUCAGCUGUUUCGAGUUUUUAAGUUACUUUGAGUUUAUUUUAUAGAGAGAGAUUCUUCCGUGUAAUAAUUCCGUUUCAUCAAUUGGCAAAAUGUUAGGACAAGGUGGUUGUUUCAUCCAUGUAACCAGCUGGCUGGGGAAAUGGUUGUGUCGGUUUUAAAUAGCUAAGUUUGCUAGCUUGCCAGUUUACUCGCUUUCCAGAAUGAGACGAGAGUUGCUGGCUAACGUUAGCUUUUAAAAUUAGCUAGCGGUAGUUUUUACUUGUAACCGACGUUCAUAUGUGAAACUGAAGGGCAGAAAGUGUGUUUUCCCACAAAAUAUGUUGUUGGUCGACUGAGAGAACUAUCAAAACCAUGUAGUUUUCGAGUUAACGUAGUCCGAGAACGUGGUACUUUUAGUGGUUUUAGUUGGCUAACUUGGAAACUUUAGGGGAAAGUUUAGCCGGAGCUAGCUGGUCGUAUUUCCAUUGCUGAAUUUAUUGUUCCAUGCUUGUUGAAGUUUUCGUCAGGACGGCAGUAAACUGACUAGGCACAGAUCCUUCCGAAAUGAAUAUGUAGCGAAACAUUUCUCAAACUUGUCUGUUCACAAUGCGAUGGAUGUUAACGAGAUUUUUUUAUAUGGCCUUAUGACCACAGGUAGCAAGUUAGCUCGCUAAGUAAAUAGCCGAGAUUGUAGGCUACGUCUACCUAGGUGGUUGUAGAGUUAUAUCAGAAUGUUUGUGGGUUAUAACAACACUCAUUGUUGGCUUGUGUUAAUGGAACUUUAAUUUUGACGUUACUUUAUUAUGCAGAAAUCUGACAUUGCUUUGCAGCGUGGUUGGUCACCCUCUGCCCGACUUAUGUUGUUCACUAGAAUACCGGUAGUCAAGGCUAAAUAACGGGUUAAUUACUGUUUUUGAUUGUAAUUUGGAGGAAAGUAGGGAAAAUUUGACAACAUGGAAGUGGUUCUGGAUUUGUAAAGGAAAAAGAAAACGCCCACGCAGAGAGGCGCAACUUUAGCAUUAUUUAUUUCAUCAGAACAAUUGAAUUCGAAGCCCCAAGUACUACUCAAGGUUUAUAUGCUUAUUGAUGAUGGCGGACUUUGUUGUGCCGCGACACAGCGCAGUGAUGGACCGACUCCGCCGGCGGAUCGAACUCUUCCGGCGGCAUCACACCAGCUGCGAGAGCCGAUACGACAACACUGCGAGGGAGCGGUUGGAGUUGGACCAGCAACAAACUUUCGCACUGCACCAGCGCUGCCUGCAGACCAAGGCCAAGCGGUCGAGCAAGCACAGGCAGCCGCCGCCAGCAUCUGACCAGACGGGGCUGAGAGCCACAGGCACCGGCGGCAGUACUUCAGACCCUGCCGACAGUGCAGCUGCAGAGAGCAGGAACAACACUCGGCUCGCGCUGCAGGAGUCCGUAAAGAGGAAGUUGGAGAGCUCGGGCUCCCCCCUCAGCAGGGAGCAGGUGAACGGCUUCAGGGACGGCUACCCCCCCUCCAAGAAGGCCAGCCUGGAGGACGGGGUGCUGGGCGGCGUGAACGGGACGGCUAACGGCGGCCUCCCGCCCCUCUCCCCGCGGGACACCAAGCACGGCGUGGGCCUGGACUCCCUGGUGCCCAACGGGACCCGCUCGCAGGGCGGGGACCACAACGGGGCGGGGCUCCCCGACCCCGGCACGGCCCGCGGCCAGGACUCCGACCCGCGGCUGAAGGAGAUGAAGCAGGAGCCCGUGGAGGACAUCCUGCCCUGCAUGCUGCCCUCCGGUGGCGGCAUGGGGAACAGCAGCCUCUUCCCCGACCUCAACCUGGACGAGCAGGAGUGGAAGGAGCUGAUGGAGGAGCUGAGCGGCUCGGUGCCGUACGAGGACAUGCAGGACAUCUUCAACGACGGCUUCGAGGACCGCAAGGACCCCGAGCUGGCGGGCGGCGGCCUUCCGGGCCCCCUGCCCGCGGACCCCGUCAACAUCAAGGCCGAGUUCUCCCCGGCCCCGCCCGUCUUCGAGCAGGAGCCCCCGUCCAGCUCCCCCCAGGUCCGGCCAAUCCCCGGGCCGCCCCUGGCCUGCGGGUCCCCGGCGGCGGCCGCCUCGUCCCCGGCCGUGGGGCCCUCGCAGGCCCCCCGCCUCCCGCAGGGCCUCCUCCUGCCCGCCUCCUCCCCCAAAGACCUGUCCCCCGCGCAGCAGCUGCAGCAGCUGGCCGCUCGCGAGCAGCAGAGGGCGCAGCUGAUGCAGACGCAGUCGCAGAUGACGCAGCCGCAGCUGGCGCAGCCGCAGCUGACGCAGAAGCAGCUGGUGCAGUCGCAGCUCACGCAGGCGCAGCUGGCUCAGGCGCAGCUUCAGAAGCAGCAGCAGCAGCAGCAGCAGCAGCAGCAAGCGGCCAAAUUCCACGCCUCCAACGCCCAGUCGUCGUGGUCGCAGGCCACGCCUUCCCAAAGCCCGCUGGGCGGAGCCUACAGCCUGGAGAAGCCAUCCAGCCCCGCCCUGUACCAGCAGGACUUCCCCAACGCCAAGCAGCUGCUGAUGCCUGCCCCGCCCAACAAGGGCUCCCCCAAAGCAGGGGCGGGGCCUUACAUGCAGCCGGGGGCGCACCCGAACAUGCUGAGCCACCCGCCGCCCAACACGCUGAGCCAGAACGCCGCAGGGGGGCAGCCCUCCAUGCUGGACUACGCGAACACCAAGCCCCUGUCCCACUACGACGGGGCCCAGGGGCCCCAGGGCCCCUCGUCUGCGCAGAGCAAGGCGGCCCUCCUGUCCCUCAUCCGCCAGCAACCCAUGAAGCAGAAAGCAGGGCUGCCCUUCCGGCCACACCUGCCCCACGCCCAGCAGGAGCAGAAUGCUUACCCAGCUGGCGCCCACAUCCCGGGACCCCCUGCAACCAUGGCGACCCAGCCGCCCGGCAACGCCAUGGCGGGAAACCACGGCAACGCGGCGUACAUGAGCAGCCAGGCGGCCGCUCUGAAGCAGCAGCAGCAGAUGCAGUUCUUGAUGGGCCAGCGGCAGCAGAUCUUGGCCGAACAGGAGAAACAGCGGCAACAGCAGGAGCAGCAGCUGCAGAGGCACCUGACCCGCCCACCACCUCAGUAUCAGGACCAGCAGAAUUCCCAGCAUGCCUUUCAGCAGCAGCAGCAGCAACAGCAACAGCAGGUUAACCAGUUCACAGGCUCCUCCCAGUCUCUGGGGGCCGUGGGCCUGCCUUGUGGCUCCGCCCCAGGAGGGCAGCGAAUGUUCCCUCAGGCGCAGAGCAUGAUGGGAAUGGGGGUGGGGCAGAGCGGAGGUCCCGGCGGCGUGGCGCCCCCCGCUGCCAGUCAGGCGGACAUGGCGCCCUACAGCAGCAUGAGCCUCCACCCCCACGCGGCCCAGACGCAGCGGGCGCCGGGCAACGCCAUGCCGGUGGCCUACCGGCAGAACCAGAACCUGCUGGCCCAGCAGCAGCAGCACCACAAGAGCCAGCCCAACGCGGCCCUGCUCAAACAGCAGCAGCAGCUGGCGCGCAUGCCCAACGCCAUGCCCGGUUCCCUCCCUAACGCGCUCUCUAACGCGCUGCCAAACGCUCUGCCCGGUGGGGUGCCCAUGCAGCCUCAGGCCUGGCAGCAGCAGCACCCGGGCAUGCAGCAGGCCAUGACCACCCAAGCAGCCGCCGGGAACGGGGGCCUCCAGGUCUUCGGUAACCCCUCCUUCCACGCGCAGUCCCGCCUCCCCAAGCUGCCUGGCUCCACCCCCUUUUCCCAGGCGGGCCUGAACAGCGGCCGGCCCCUCGGUGCCAUGAACUCCGCCCAGAUGAUGGCCGCGCUUCCCCAGCAAAGGACGAACCCCACCCUCGCCCCACAGCAGCACCCCCAGUCGCUGGCCCCGCCCCCCCAGCAGCAGGGUCAGCCCCUAGCCCCGCCCCCCCAGCAACAGAGUCAGCAGGUGAUGUCGAGCGUCAACCUGCCUGACCUCGGUGCCUUCAGCCAAGCCCAGAGCAGCCAGAUGACCAACCGUACCAGCCUGCAGUGCAACCAGGGCUACCCCGUGAACAGGACAGCCAAUCCGGAGCUUUCGUUCAGCUACAACGCCCAGUCGGGGAAUGGUUUGCCCAGCUUCCCUGGAGAGAAUGACCUCAUGGAAACGUUGCUGAAGAACCAGACAACGCAGGACUGGAUGGAUGAUCUGGACGAGCUACUGGCCAAUCACCAAUGAGCAUGACGAUUUUCCAGCCAGUGAGAGAAAGUUGUUUACCAGCCAAUCACUGAUGGUGUAUGUGGGGUCACUGAAAACUUUGUGUUAUCAGCCAAUGGGCACUGAGUUGGACAGUAUGUCUGUUACAUUUGUGUGCGAGUUGUUUUGUAACGUAUGAAGCUCGCACACAGGACCAAAAGCCUGUAGUCUGAAGUGUUCUCUGGGCUGAAAGUGUAAAGAUGAAUAUUGUACUACUGAACCUGUGGCUCAGUUUGAAACCACUGAUUCCAGUCACGGCGCAUGGAUGAGCAAACUCCUCACGGUUUUUAUCCUGUAGUCACACACACAAGGAGCUCAGGAGGGGUGGGAGGGCGUGUCAGUUUCUGUGGUUCUCAGGAGUUCCGAGGUUGUGGCAACCAAUAUGUAGAUUCCAAGCUAUGAAAUCAGCUGGACCAGCUGGCGCUAACGGUCAUGCUAUUGGGCAUAAUCUCACUCCCUACAUAAGAUCAUCUCCACACGCACUUACACCCCGUAAGACAGGGCUGGCCAACCCCGUUCUUGGAGAUCUACCGUCCUGCUGGGUUUCAUUUCAGCUCUUACUUUGGCGCUCCUGAUUCUGCUACUCUAGCUGCUCGUGGAGAGCUCGAACAGUUAAAUGAAGUGUGGCAUAAGGGUGGAGUGAAAAUCUGCAGGACAGUGGAUCUCCAGGAAAUGGGUUGGCCAGCCCUGCUGUAUCAUGUCCUCUUACAGACACAUAUCAGUAUUAAUCAGAGAUCUCCUCCCUGCCUCCUCUUCAAAAUGAGUACGCGUCUGGCCCAGCCCCAAUUCAGUGGAAGGGCUGCAAGGCUAGCAGGCUAACAGGCACAUUGCAUUCCCCCCAUCCAUGAGCUCAUUUGCUCUUUGGAGUCUCAGUAAUGUGUGGUUCAUCCGUGUGUUUGUGUGUCAGGGCCUUGUGUAUGUUUAUAAAUAUAUAUAUAUUUUUUUGUACGUAUGCAUUUCCUGUGGUUCAGGAGAAAAUAGAUCUUAUUUUUAUAUGUACAUUUGAUGCUGAAUCUGUUUUUUUUUUUUUUUUUUUGUAUUUUAUACUUUUAAAUAGAGGUCUCUGUAAAACAAAGGAAAUAUUGUGUAAAUAUAGUUAUUUAGAAAUUGUCUUGUGCUAGUCUUUUUUCGGAACUGGGAUGAUCUUGAUUUCUUGGCUUUUGGGAGAAUGCAUGCGUGGUGGGCGUCAAUGGGAGAGAAUGCAGUCUUACUGUGUGUGUGUUUCGGGCUAAGGGAUGACGACUCUGGUCUUCUAGUUUUUUUGUUUUGUUUAUUAUAAGCCAGCAUUGCGGAAGUCAUUUUAAAGUUGAAUAUAAAGGGUUUCUAAAUUAUUUCAGUUCCUCAAACUCUUUAAAUAUCUUCACUGAAGACUGAAGUCUUUCAGCCCAAGGUUUUAUGAGUAUUUGUUUGACCAACCCUCAUACCUCUCUACCGUGUUGUUUACAUUGAUGUUUACAUUGACACAUGCCACCAAUUCUUCUUACCCGCUAACAUCUAACACGCAAGAACUUAAUUGGUGAAGUGGUGGCAUAUGGGACCAAUGGAAAUCCCGCAGUGCAUAAUGGGAUCAGAGAAUGGGAAUAAAACUGUCGUUAAAUCUGGUGUUUUUUGGUGUAACUGGAUGGGUUUAAAGCGGUGCUUUCAACCAGCGUGGCAAUCCAUGACCAGGGUUUACUGAGCUGUUAAAAGGAAAUGGGUCUCCUGGGCAGACAUACGGCAUUACUGUCCUGUAUUGUAGUGCUAGGUUUUUCAGAUUAAAAGAACACUACAAGUACCA